UUAUCAGCCACGUUGGAACGGAUGACAGAAACAAAAGAGAGAAAAAAAAAUCCGUCAACCCGGGGUUUACAAAAUCUGUGCGAGCUCUGUAUUUUUCCAAGGAAAAAGUUUAAUUUUCGUGUGAUUUUUGCAAAAUUUAGGCACAUUUUCUAGUGGAGCAUCCACAAUGAAGGUCAAGGAGCUACAGAAAACGGUAAACGUGGCAUGGUCACCGGUCCAGCAGACCCCGAUAAUGCUGGCAGCCGGUACGGCGGCUCAGCAGUUGGAUUCCUCAUUCAGCACCUCGGCGGCUUUGGAGUUGUACUCGAUUAAUCUGUCGGAUCCGAGCUACGAUUUAGAGUUGGUUGGAAGUCAAGUCAGUUCGCAUCGGUUCCACAAGGUGCUCUGGAGCCCGUUCGACUAUGGUGCAAAUCAUCCUAACGGACUGAUAGUCGGUGGCUGCGAAGGUGGCAUCAUCCAGGUUUAUAGCGCGGCGAAGCUGCUGGCCGGAGAAAAUGGCCUUGUUGCUCAGCAGGAUAAGCAUAACGGUGCCGUUCGAAGUUUGGAUUACAACCCGUUCCAGCACAAUCUGCUAGCUUCGGGUGCUUCGGAAUCGGAAAUUUUCAUCUGGGAUCUCAACAAUACCACCGUACCAAUGAGCCCCGGUCAAAAGAUGCAACCGGCCGAAGAUAUCCAGGGCUUGGCCUGGAAUCGUCAGGUGCAGCACAUUCUGGCUUCGGUGUUCUCCUCUCGUUGUGUUAUCUGGGAUCUGAGAAAAAACGAACCCAUCAUCAAGUUGAACGAUACGCAAACCCGAGUUCGCUGGCGGGCGGUUCAGUGGCAUCCGGAGGUUGCCACCCAGCUCUGGAUGGCCAGCGAGGAAGAUCAGGCACCGUCGAUUCAGCUGUGGGAUUUGCGCUAUGCCACCGCUCCGGCCAAAAGUUUCCACAUCCAUCAGCGUGGGGUGCUCGGUUUGACAUGGUGCCAGAAGGACUUUGAUCUGGUGGCGUCGUGCGGCAAAGAUAAUAAAAUCUACUGCUGGAAUCAGAACUCGGAGGACCCGAACGGUGAAAUCCUGUCCGAGUUGGCAACGACCAAUCAGUGGAAUUUUGACGUAGCUUGGUGCCCUCGUAAUCCGGCGUUGAUCGCGGGAUCCAGCUUCGAUGGAAACGUUACGGUCUAUUCGAUCUUCGGCGGUGUCCACCAGCAGGUGCAGACCAGCAACAAAAUUGCCGACUCGUUCCCAGGAAUGGAAAACAUCGGCCACGAACCGGCGCCUCAGUUGGCCGCCCAAACGCAACCGACGUGCAAUGAUCUUAAGCGGGCACCGAAAUGGCUGAAGCGACCCGCUGGUGCUUGUUUUGGCUUUGGUGGCAAGUUGGUCACCUUCAAUGGGAACAGUCGGACGGUAACGGUGAAUCAGGUGAUCACCGAUCUGGAACUGGUCGACAGAUCGAAUCGACUGGAGAAGGUGCUAGCCGAAGGCACUUUUGUCGAUUACUGCCGCCAGAAGGCAGAUCAAUCGAACGACCAGCAUUCACGUUUUCUAUGGUACUUUUUGAAGGCCAACUUCGAGGAGGAUCCACAUGCCGAGAUGCUCAAUUUGCUUGGCUAUCAUUCCGAAGACAUGGUUAAUAAGUUUAAGAAGUAUACGGACUGUGGAAAAGAGACAACUGCUCCAGCUGCGGAGCAAGUUAAUCCUGUGGAUGGUUUAGCAGAUCAAAUGGCAGGAUUGAGUCGGAAUAAUUCCACCGAAACGGAUCCGAGCACCGACGAUAGUACUGAUCUCUCGACAAUGGAUAACAACGCCGUGUUCGAUGCCAUUGCUGCCGGCAAUAAGCUGUUGAAUGAUCAGAAACCGGCCGCAGAUGGGGAGCUCAAAAGCGACGAAAAUGACAAGAAAGCCUACGCUCCCUAUCGGAUUCACACCGGCCAGGAUAGCGAAGGUUUGAUUUGCGAGGCAUUGUUGACGGGGAAUCUGGAGGCUGCCGUCGAACUGUGCAUGAACGCCGGCAAAACCACCGAGGCGCUGAUCUUGGCGAUGAAUGGUGGGUCGGAUCUCUUGGCUCGCGUUCAGUUGCGUUACUUGAAGAACAGUGAAAGUUACUUGGCAAACAUUAUAUCGGCCUUGGUAACGGAGGAUUGGAGCGGUGUGGUCACUCAAUGUACUAUUGACUCCUGGAAGGAGGCCCUGGUAGCCGCCCUUACUCAUUGCAAAAAUCAACUACCGUUGCUGUGCGAGAGGCUCGGAGAACGAUUGCAGAUUGAAGCUGGCAACGAUACCGAGCUGGCUCGGAACGCAAUACUCUGCUAUAUUUGUGCGGGAAGUACCGAACGGCUAGUAGAGGCUUGGAAUCUUCAGAAAUCGAACAAUCCUGGAGGCGAUUUUGUCAAUGGCGAUGCUGAUAAGAACAACAAUAGCAAUCGAGAUCUGCAGGAACUGGUUGAGGUGGCAAUGCUUCUUCAGAAAGCUCUCGAAAUGCAAGGCCGGGCAACGACCGUUAGCGGAAAACUCGCAGAUUUACUCUCCCAGUAUGCUAGUUUGUUAGCUGCGCAAGGGUCGUUGAAUUCCGCCUUGACAUAUGUGGGUAACUCCGCUGAUCCGGGCAUGGAAGAUUUGCGAGACCGUUUGUAUUACGCCUUGGGCCAUAAAAGCAAUGUGCCGGUUCAACAAAAUGCUUACUAUUCUACAGGUCAGCGAGGCUCUGUUAGCAAUCAGCAACCUCCUGCUUUCAAUCCAAUGUUCCCCACGAUUGGUCAAGCUGCUAAAAUUAAAAACUGGCAACAAGCCAACACCCCUCCGGUACCAGCUCCAGCACCCGUACCCACAAUUCCUCAACCAAUGAGCCAACCUUCUUGGAAUACCAGCCCAUUCCAAACAGGACUUCCACCUCAACAGCAACCAAUGGCUGCUCCAUUUGCGCCACCGCCCUCGAUUCCUCCCGUAGCAACCAAGCCCCCGAUGGGUCCACCCAUGUCUGCAGAACAACCUCGUCCAUCAUCUGUCAAUUCCCAGUCAGGAGCCACUCCGCUGUCGCGAGCAAAAUAUGUCCUAGAUCCUUCGGUCACAUCCGGUCCAUCUUACGGCCAAACGCCUGCCAACAUGUACAAUCCAAACGCCUACCAACCAACCCCCACACAACAGUUCAAUCAGUUCAACACGCAACCCAUAAGCCAACAACCCCCAGCCUCUCUCUACAAUCCAUCCCAACCACCACAGCAAACGAACAACUUCAAGCCAUUCACUCCAGCUCCUCUGGUGCAACCAGGAGGAAUGUCCCCCUACAUCCCUGGAGUGUCUCCGUUGGACGUCUCGGCUCCGGUUCCGGCAGCAGCAUCAGCAGCGCCACCUCCACCGAUGGCCAACAUCCAAAAAAAUCCAACACCUCCACCCGGUUGGAACGACCCGCCAGCCCUGAAAAGCACUUCCCGCUCACAGUUAAGUGAGCAAUGCGAAAUGUCGGCGGUCCAUGCCGGUACUCGUCGUUGGCGAAAAAUCAUCGAUUCACACGAUCACUCGAAUCGGUCCUCGCCCCAGCCAAAACCUGAAGUUGCUCCAGUAGCUCCCAUCACCGCCCCAUUGCCGGGUGGUUUCCCAACCCAGCCUCAAAACGGGUACCCCGACCCGAACAGCAACUAUAUGCCGGGUCAGUACUUACCGACGGCCACACCGGGCAUGCCUCCACAGCAACCGACCAUAUUCAACCCGGCAAUGGCUGGCACUCAACCACACCAGCAAACCACAACGGGGGCACUAAACUAUCAAAACUUCCAACAAAACUUGCCAUACCAGCAACAACAGCAACAGCAGCAGCAACAACAACCGGGAGCCAACUUCAAUGCCAACUUCCAACAGCGAACAAUUCCCCAGCCAGCGCCACCGACGGUCCCAGAGCCACCGAAGCAAAAGCCACCACUUCCCGAAGAGUAUAUCUACCUACAGACAGUAUUCGAAGAGUUGAAAAAGAGUUGCAUCGCGGCUGCUGCUAACCCGCAAACCAAACGCAAACUUGAGGAAGUCUCGAAGAGAUUAGAGUCUUUAUACGACAUGCUACGAGAGCACAGGCUAUCGCAAAAUACACUGACGUCGCUCAGCCAGCUGGUGCAGCUGGUUCAGGCGGGCGAUUAUGCCAACGGCAUUGGUCUGCACACGCAAAUGGUGUCGGGACCGGAUUUCGCCCAGAUUGCCAGCUUCAUGCCGGGUAUCAAAAUUCUCCUACAAUCGGCGAUGCAACUACAGGUAUACCUUCGGUAAGCGUGUGCUCAGUACAAUCGGCGUUUCGAUAGUAAUUAGUGCAAGCAUGUAGUUACAUUAAUGCGAACAAUGUCAAACUAUAGGUAACGAAGUAAUAAAAUUGUAACUGAUUAUGUUAAACACAAUUGAAGACGACAUAGGCGAAGACUAAAAAAAUUAAACAAAUGCAUUUGAGGUAGGAUUUUGUCACAGUUUUCGAACGGUUAUCUGAUUUGUGCAUCUUAUUUUACCUUCCUCGUAUGAUCGCGCCAGUAUGUGAGAUGCAAUAUACAAUAGAGUUGCUUAAAAUGUAUUCCUGAUAUUUCAUAUUAUCGUACAUAUAUUUAUCCGUAUGCCUUAUUCUCAGUUAAAGAUUAUUAAAAUGCAUUUUUUGUAUGUGUUAGAAAUAAAUCGUAACUAAAAAACUCGA